AUGGCAGAGGCUGCGGGCACCGUCAUCGGGAUAAUAUCCUUUGGCCUUCAGUUGUACACCGGGUUGUCAGAAUACCUCGAUGCCGUCAAGGGACGAGAGGAAGACCUCGUGCAGGCCAAAAAUAACGCAAGGACACUGCAAUGCUCCUUGAAGGCAAUCGAAGAUACAAUGAGUCAAGUCAACGGCAAUGCAAUGGCCCAAGACGCUGUAGAGAAGUGUAAGAGCUCAUGUGAAUCUGAGCUCAAGGCCUUGCACGAACUUCUUAACAACUUGCAGGGAAAGCCUAUUAACUCUUCAGACUCUGUUAGUAAAGCAAGGAGCUCAAUGCAAAAAUGGAGCUAUCCCUUCAAGAAGAAGAACAUCGCCAGGCUUGAGGAACGGCUAAAGUCGGCAAACAAUGCCCUCAAAACUGCCUUAUCGGCUUUGCAACUGGCCAUUUUGAACGACCAGAGCACAGCUAUCCUUUCAUUACAGCAGACAAUGGAGACUAUUCUAGUCCAAGCCGAAAGCGCCUCCAGAGCGACUCAGUUUCCUAACACAAAGAUUGAUGAGAUUCUUACCCAUCUGCGCAGUGCUGAGACUAUACAAACGCAAGUCACCCAGCUUGUGUCAUACCCCAAAGACCUGCAAAUACUUUGCGACGCCGUUUCAAAUGUCUCACUACGCUCAGAGCCGCGAUCUAUGCCGCUAAACCCACAUACAACAAGAUCUGUCACGGGCCAGAGAGGGAGAACCGACGAUUUAUGCAAUUGUGCCAAGCGUCAGGCUAUUCAGCGCAGCAGAACCCGCUUAGGCCUGAUGUACUUUGAGACAGAGCAUAAGAGGAUAACUCACCACGCCCCCGAAUGCCCAUUAUCACAAAUCGUCACAUCAACCGAGCAGAAGCGAAACGCGGUUGGUAUUUCUAUUCCCAAUAUAUUGAACAUCUUGACAAACGCUGUCGGUAUUUCACUCUCUCUCACAACUGGUGCAGGUGGCUUUAGUCUGGCUCAAAACAUCACGUGGAGUCCAACAGUGGACGAAAGUCUAUCCCCAGCCUUCAAGAUUGUCCGGGCUCUUUGUGAUCUAAAGACAUGGAGAGAGCCAAGCUUGGGUAAGAAGGAAUACGAGAUGAUCGCAAAGUCAUGUGUGCGGCGACUCCAUUUAUGCUAUGCCAACCGCCAAGCGUCUCCGGUCGACAUGAACAGCAACGGCGAAUCAGUGCUUGACGUCCUGGCGUCAGGGAUGAAGAGCGAUCUAAGCCUGGGGAACGAAGCCGCAGAUGAUGUCGCAUUUGUUUUUCGAUCCCUCGCUACUAUUGAGGUGCCUAUCACCUACGACCGAGAUGGAGAGUGA